UCCCCGCAUCCAAGUCGCGCUCGGGCGGCCCGCGCGCUCGCAGCAGCAGCCAGGCUCCAGGCGCUGGCGCCGGGGCCGCGGGGAGGAGGCGACUUCGCUCCCUGCGGUGGGCGCGGCCCGGGGCGCCCAGAGCCUUCAGGGUGUCGGAGAGCGACGGCCUCCCCGGGCGCGGUAGGCAGCGCCGGACGCCGACGACCCGGCAAUACUGAGUGCUCCACAACGCGCAAGGUCUCCUAGCAACCUUCCUGAGGAAUUCUGCCUGGCCCCGAUUAGAAAACUGGAGCCGAGGCCCCGAGAUUGAUGAGUUUGCCUUGGGAGACGGUGAGAAGGUGAAGCCGAGGUAGAUAUGGGUCAGAAGGUCACCGGAGGAAUCAAGACAGUGGACAUGCGGGACCCCACAUACCGACCCCUGAAGCAGGAGCUCCAGGGGCUGGAUUACUGCAAGCCCACCCGGCUAGACCUGCUGCUGGACAUGCCCCCCGUGUCCUACGACGUACAGCUGCUCCACUCGUGGAACAACAACGACCGCUCGCUCAACGUCUUCGUGAAGGAGGACGACAAGCUAAUCUUCCACCGGCAUCCGGUGGCCCAGAGCACGGACGCUAUCAGGGGCAAAGUGGGGUACACACGCGGGCUGCACGUGUGGCAGAUCACGUGGGCCAUGAGGCAACGAGGCACGCAUGCGGUGGUGGGCGUGGCCACGGCCGAUGCCCCCUUACACUCUGUGGGGUACACGACCCUUGUGGGCAAUAACCAUGAGUCCUGGGGCUGGGACUUGGGGCGCAACCGGCUCUACCACGAUGGCAAGAAUCAGCCAAGCAAAACAUACCCGGCCUUCCUGGAGCCAGAUGAGACGUUCAUCGUGCCCGACUCCUUCCUCGUGGCCCUGGACAUGGACGAUGGGACCCUGAGCUUCAUUGUGGAUGGACAGUACAUGGGCGUGGCUUUCCGUGGACUCAAAGGCAAAAAACUGUAUCCUGUAGUCAGCGCUGUCUGGGGCCACUGCGAGAUCCGCAUGCGCUACUUGAAUGGACUCGAUCCGGAGCCCCUGCCGCUCAUGGACCUCUGCCGACGCUCGGUGCGCCUGGCCCUGGGGAAGGAGCGCCUGGGCGCCAUCCCCACACUGCCGUUGCCUGCCUCCCUCAAGGCCUACCUCCUCUACCAGUGACGCGCUCCAGGACGCCCCCUGGUGCCAGCUCACGGAGCCACCGCCACUGCACCCUGCACUUGAUGCCCGCCCCAGACAUGGGCAGAAGCAGCCUGCGCUUCCUACUCAUCCUCCCUGCUGCCUCUGCCCUAGGACUGGUGCCAGGAUGGCCAGGCCCUUCUCCUUCCCUGAUGCUGGCCGGAGCAGCCCCCUGCCGAGUCACCGCCCCUCCGCCAACCAGAGGGAGAAUAAACUCCUACGAAAGCCUCCAUGGGCGCAGUGUGCUGUUGGGUGGGCGGGCUGCGGUGAGCACUCUGGGGAAAGGCUGGGGUCAGUCAGCCGGGGAGGGGGCUCUGAGGCAAUGGGACCAGUGGGAGGUACUGGAGCUUGCCAGCAAUGCCAGCAGUGGGCAGGGAGGGGGCGGG